UUUCUGCAGAAAUUCUAAACAAUCGCCCAGUAAUGGCUUCCUCCACGUUACCGUUACUCCACGUAUCUCCUCCGUCUUCCCGCCGAAACCACCUCCUCCGCCUCUCCACCAGCAAUGCAAAAUCCACGCUCUCACAUCAAUGCUUAAACAAGAGCCUUCUCUCCUGUCCAUUAUCUUUUAAAUCAGGAAAUGUGAUCCGGUCAGUUGAGGUACGGUCACAGCUGAGGCAGCCGAUCAUUUCUCCUGACGACCACUGGGGCACAUGGACCGCUCUCUUUGCCGCCGGUGCCUUCGGACUCUGGUCUGAGAGAACCAAAUUAGGAAGCAUGGUUAGCGCGGCCUUGGUGAGCACUUUGGUUGGGCUGGCAGCGAGUAAUCUAGGCAUCAUACCUUACGAAACCAAGGUGUAUUCGGCGGUCUUGGAGUUUUUGCUACCAUUAACCGUUCCUAUGCUUUUGUUUAGGGCAGACUUGCGUCGCAUUGUGCGGUCCACCGGGGAAUUGCUCUUAGCUUUCUUGCUAGGUUCAGUUGCAACCAUAGUUGGGACGGUAGUGGCUUUUCUGAUGGUGCCUAUGCGGUCACUUGGUCAAGACAAUUGGAAAAUAGCUGCUGCGCUCAUGGGUAGUUAUAUUGGUGGAACUGUUAAUUAUGUUGCAAUUUCAGAAGCUCUUGGUGUUUCCCCAUCAGUUUUGGCUGCUGGGGUAGCAGCAGACAAUAUUAUCUGUGCUAUAUACUUUGUGGUAUUAUUUGCAUUGGCCUCCAGAAUACCUCCUGAAGCUUCAAAAUCACAUAAUGAAGUUGAAAUGGAUUUGGAGUCUGAAUCUGGGGGAAAUAGCCAAGCAGAAAGGGCUGCUAUUGCUCUCGUCGUGUCCUUUAUGAUAUGUAAGACUGCCUCUUACAUUACAAACUUAUGCAAUAUUCCGGGAGGCAGUCUCCCGGGAAUAACAACAAUUGCUGUCAUUUUGGCAACUUUAUUUCCUGCACAAUUUCAUUAUCUUACACCUGCUGGUGAUGCCAUGGCCCUGGUUCUGAUGCAGGUUUUUUUCACGGUGGUGGGUGCAACUGGAAGCAUAUGGAAUGUAAUCAAUACAACACCUAGUAUUUUUUUGUUUGCACUUGUUCAAGUAGCUGUUCAUCUUGCUUUGAUCCUUGGAUUGGGAAAGCUUUUUCGCCUUGAUUUGAAAUUGUUACUUCUGGCAUCAAAUGCCAAUGUUGGAGGUCCUACAACAGCAUGUGGGAUGGCCUCAACCAAAGGAUGGGGUUCUUUGGUUGUUCCUGCAAUUCUUGCAGGCAUCUUCGGAGUUUCCAUUGCUACUUUUCUUGGCAUCGGCUUUGGCCAUUUGGUCCUUAAACAGUUGUAGAAUUUACCAAUUCAAGAUUUUAGAGCAAUGCUAUACCAUCACUUAUUGCUAUUGUAUUGAAUUUUUGUACUAUAAGAAGUAAAGCCACAUCAUAUGUCAUCACAAUCUUCCUUUACAUGACUGAUACUCUUCAUUUAUAAUCAGUUCCCAGUGGUUGGAGCAGUGUAUCGGUGCUUGUGUUGGCACCAAAAAAUUAUUAACCAGGUGAUCAUAUAUUGACCUUUGAACAAAGUGGAUAUAUUUUUGAAUCCGAGCUUCUUAUUUUUUGGGAUCCUUGCUUAGCUGAAGUCUAAAAUACAUGAAACUUUUUUAGACACAAAAUUUAUUCCCUCAGCCUACAUAGUCCAUAUAGGUUUCAAUCUGCUCCGUUCUUUAUAAACAUUC